AGAGAGAACUCCUUGUGAACCGGUUUCGGAGCCAAGCCGGCGAAAUUAUUGUACGAAGUCUGACGACGACGACGACGACGACGACGAAGGAGAAGCAGAGCAAUAACAAUGGCGUUCAGGCCUUUCGGGAGGGAUGUAGGGCCGUCUACGAACCCGAAGGCUUCUCCUUUCACGUCGUUCGGCUCCUCCCCUCCUGCUGUUCCCUCCAGUGGUCCCCUUACUCAGCGAGCACAGCCUCUGGCUUUUCAAAACCCUUCACCCUCUGCGGCACAACCUUACCGGCCUGUUGAAAUUCAGAGGAGUCCUGAACUAGUUAAUAGAACGCCAUCGCCUCCUUUGACCUUUCUGAAUCCUAGCCCCGUUGCAAGACCUCACCGAUCUCCUGGAGCCCAUGGUGGUCUAGGAGCUCCAAAUAGAUUUCCAUCUCCUAAUGUGGCUUAUCAAUAUUCUCCUAGUCCUUAUCAAGCUGCUGGAGUUCAGAGGUCUUUCUCGAUGGAACAUGGUGAACAAAAUGUAGCUGCUUCUCCACCUAGUGCAUCGUAUGUUCUCUCCAGAAGUUAUGGAAGCGAUGCUGCUGUGAUUGGUCGAUUACAAGAUCCUAGACGAAAAAGCCGUCCAGAUCAUUCUCCUGAUAAGAAUUUUGGUUUUCCUCAAAGAAAGCAAUUGGCAAUGUCGGGUUUUGAGAAUGGCCAGUCUGUGGAUGAUUUUCAACUUCCAUCUAGCCAAACCUGCAAGCGUUCUCCAUCCUCUGCAGAGGCUAAUCUUGUAAGGUUUAAGAGCAAUGCUCGCCAGGUGACCCACGUAGAUAUAUCCCCAAACCCGUCUUACCCAGAUUCCUAUGAAGUAGCUGAAAUUCAGGUUGCUGCGAGAAGAAAGCCCUCUCCAGCAGCACCAUCGAAUAGAGUUUUACAAGAUAACUCCAGAUUGCCUCAAAAUGAUUCUAGAAGGGUUUCAAAUCCCCCUGGAAUGGGCACAAGGAUACAUAAUACUUUGAGAAGUUCAGACUCUGUACCUCCUGCACAGUCAUCAUUUAUGAACAGUUCUUUGAAUCAAACUAGGAAGACUACUGUCUCACCUGCGGCGAAAAGAACAAGAUCUCCUCCUCUUCUUUCAAUAGAAGAGGCUGUCCAGGGAAACUCUGGUCUUUCUCAAGAUGGUACUGAACGAGAAGAACAAGCCAAAGCAAAAAGACUUGCUCGUUUCAAGGCUGAAUUGGAGCCUAUGGCAGUCCGAUCUGUUGAGGCUCAAGAUACUAAACCACUUGUCAAUAGAACUAUGAAGCCUCUGAGGAAUAAACAAAAUUUCAGUUCUCUGGAAUCAAACAGAGAUGCCCUGAAUGGAGAUGCACUGCUUGAGCAUGAAAGUUCGGAGCAGUCUUCUAUUAUUGGGUUAUGCCCUGAUAUGUGUCCUGAGUCAGAACGGGAGGAAAGAGAAAGAAAGGGUGACUUGGACAAACACGAACGUGUGAAUGGUGAUCGGAACCAGACUAGCAAAUACAUUGCUGUGAAGAAAUAUAACAGGACAGCUGAGCGAGAAGCAAUAUUGAUACGGCCGAUGCCAAUCCUGCAGAAGACAAUGGAUUAUCUGCUAAGUUUGCUAGACCAAUCUUAUGAUGACAACUUUCUUCGCCUUUACAAUUUCUUAUGGGAUAGGAUGAGAGCUAUUCGAAUGGAUCUAAGGAUGCAACACAUUUUUAAUGAGGAAGCUAUCAUUAUGCUGGAGCAAAUGAUAAGACUUCACAUAAUUGCAAUGCAUGAAUUAUGUGAAUAUACUAAAGGAGAGGGCUUUUCGGAGGGAUUCGAUGCACACCUGAAUAUUGAGCAGAUGAACAAGACAUCAGUUGAGUUGUUUCAAAUGUAUGAUGACCAUGGGAAGAAAGGAAUAAAUAUUACUACAGAGAAAGAAUUUCGUGGCUAUUAUGCCCUUCUCAAACUCGACAAACAUCCUGGUUAUAAGGUUGAACCUGCAGAACUUUCACUUGAGCUUGCAAAGAUGACUCCAGAAAUCAGGCAAACUUCAGAAGUUCUCUUUGCCCGCGAUGUAGCAAGAGCUUGUAGAACUGGCAACUUUAUUGCAUUCUUCCGCCUUGCGAGGAAAGCAAGCUAUCUUCAAGCAUGCCUAAUGCAUGCUCAUUUUGCCAAGCUAAGAACUCAGGCACUUGCUUCUUUGCACUCGAGUCUCCUAAAUAAUCAGGGUCUUCCAGUCUCUGAUGUUUCAAAGUGGAUAGGAAUGGAGGAAGAGGACAUUGAAACUCUAUUGGAGUUUCAUGGGUUUUCAAUUAAAGAAUUUGAUGAGCCUUACAUGAUGAAGGAUGGACCAUUUCUUCACGUUGAAGAGGAUUAUCCGACAAAGUGUUCAAAACUUGUUCACCUGAAAAAGUCAAGAACCAUCAUGGAAGAUGUGUUUGUUCCCUCUUCGUCGAUUUCAUCACUGUGUGAAGCUGCUGAAGAGUAUCUGCCGGGUAUUACCACCCAUGGUCCUGCUGCACUUCCUGCCCAAACUCUUACAAGACAAACUCCUUUGCCUGUCGUUGAUAAAGAAAUGACUGACACUAAGACUUUCGCCUUACCGGAGGAACCCAAGCCAGUAGCUCCAGAGAUUAUAAAACCAAAAGUGGAUCAACAGAAACAAGAUGACCUUGGGGGAGCUGGCGGAUUUCACUUCUCCUGGAAAUUCUCCUCUCCUCCUCUUGGUUCUCCUAUAUUUCCUCCGGCUGAAAUCCAGAAUCUGAAGAAACAAAGUAAUGAUCAUCGAAAUGGUGUUUUUCCUGGGGAAAUUAAGCUUCCUUUUGCAGGGGAUAUGCCAAUGAAUCUGAUGUCUGGAUCAGCUGUGCUACAAAGUUCUCCGAAGUCUAUGCCAAUGGAGAUAGUGCCCAUUACUUCCAUCCCAGAGAAUUCAUCGCCUAGAGAAAAUAGUUAUAGUUUGGAUGAUGCAUUGGCUGCAAAUGGGACGAUGAGUAUCACAGAAGAGGAAUUCGAGGACAACGACAACGGGGUAAUCACAAAUCACUAUGAUGAGGAAGUAGCCAGUGCAAAACUCAGGUUGAUGAUAAGAUUAUGGAAGCGGUGGUCUUCACGUCAGAGAGAAUCUCGUGAGCAUAGGCAGCUAGCAGCCAUAGCUGCACUGAGUUCACUAACGCUGGGCCCUCCUAUCCAGUUCAACAAAAACGAUCAACCAAGAGCGUCUGGUGAGAUUAACAUUGAUCAAGCAAUGAGGAAGAGGCUCAAGAAACAUGAACAAUCAUGGUCAAGACUGAACAUAUCAGAUGUGAUAGCUGAUAUACUAAGUGAACGAAAUCUGGACUCAAAAUGUGUUUGCUGGAAGCUCAUCUUAUGCACUCAGAUGAAACCAGUAAAUGCAGCACCUUCUACAGAUGGGGUUAUGCAUUCAACGGCCAGCCAAUGGCUAUUGUCAAAACUUACACCCGGCAAAGAAGAUAAUCUCCUGGAUGACAAUUUGCUGCUUUCAGCCCCUGGCAUUUCAGUAUGGAGUAAGUGGGUUUCAAGUGGAUCUGAUUUGGAUUUGACAUGCUGUCUAUCUGUAGCUACUGAUAUCGAAGCCAAUGAUGAUCUUCUCAAGACAACACUCGGUGCAAGUGCUGUUCUUUUCCUUGUGUCUACUGACAUCCCUUGGAAUCUCCAGAGACAACAGCUGAACAGCCUUCUUACUUCAGUACCUCCUGGUUCAUACCUUCCCCUUCUCAUCGUAAUCAACUCCUGCAACGGAGAUAGCAUGGAUAUUGUUUUGGAGCUGGGCCUUGAUGAAAUCGACAAAUCGAGGAUAUCUGCCUUUUCAGUUGUUUCUCUCUAUAAGAAGGCCAAGAUGGGACACGAAGAUCAGUUUUUCAGUGAUAAGCGGUUAAGAGACGGGCUAAAAUGGCUGGCAAGCAAUUCGCCUCUGCAGCCGAACCUUCACCGUGUUAAACCACGUGAACUUGUUCUGACCCAUUUGAGUUUUACACUGGAGUUGCUUAAGACGAUGCCAGAUCAGGAAGUUGGUCCAAACCUCUGCAUUUCGGCAUUCAACGAUGCCUUGGAUCAAUCAAAAGGAAACAUUUGCUCUGCCGUCGAAGCAAACGCGGUAGGUUGGCCAUGUCCAGAGAUCGAGUUACUGGAGGAUCAGAGAAGAGAAGGUUCAAUCGUGAAGCGGUAUCUUCCAGUCCCAGGCUGGAGCUCAGCAGAGAGCAUUGAACCGCUCAAAUAUGCGCUCGAGAACUGUAAGCUCCCAUCUUUUCAUGAAGAUUUGACGUGGUUAACCAUUGGAUGUGCCCCUGGCGCAGAGGUGGUGAACCAGACGCGACGGCUCGAGAGCUGCGUAAUCGACUACUUAACACAGACAAGCAAUCUAAUGGGGGAAACACUAGCAGCAAAAGAGGCUCGGGUGAUGGUGCAAAGAAACACGAGACUUGAACUCCACAACUUGGCUUUCCGUAUAAUCCCGAGAUGGGUUGGUAUCUUCCAGAGAAUAUUCAAUUGGAGGCUGAUGGGUUUACUCAAUCCAUCAUCACAAGCAUACGUGCUGGAGUCCGAUAUACGAAUGUCAGCUUCAAGCUACGUGGAUAAAUACGUAGAUGAAGAUACAUCUACAUUACGCCAGUCUUCUCCGCCUAGCCUUCCAUUGCUUGAUGAGAUGAUCCAAGUGAGUUAUGGCCCUCUCAAGUCUCCUCUGCCAUUAUUGAAUCAUGAAGCCCAGGAGGAUACCGACAUGGACGAACCUACAGAAUUAUGCAGAAGGCUUUUCGAGUCUCCGAGAAGGGACGACGUGUUUGCAGUGGAAUCGAUGGAUCGGGAAGAGGCUCGGGAAGAUGACGGGACGAUGAGGGGGGAAGUGGAAAAGGGUUUGAAGGGAGAAGAUAGGUUAGGGGAGCUGUUGGAGAAGUGUAACAUAUUACAGAACUCCAUAGAUGACAAGCUCUCCAUUUACUUCUGAUUCCUACGCUGUCUGCUCUUCCCUUUUUCUUUUUCUUUCUAUUUCCCAUUUUAUUAAUCCAAAUACCAAAAUCUUGCAGCUUUUCUCAACGAAUCUUCCAACUUUUUA